GGUCCCCAGGUGGAAUUUUGGGCAGAUUUUGGGGUUUUUUGGGCAGUUCUGGGGCCGGUGGAAGCUGCCCCCGAGUACCGGGUGAUCGUGGACGCCAACAACCUGACGGUGGAGAUCGAGAACGAGCUCAGUGAGUCCGGGGGGUUCAUCCGGGACAAAUACUCGAAGCGUUUCCCCGAGCUGGAGUCGCUGGUGCCCAACGCCCUGGACUACAUCCGCACCGUCAAGGUGGGGCGCCCGAAAUCCGCCAAAAACGCCCCAAAAAUGGCCAAAAAUGCCCCAAAAAUGGCCAAAAACGCCCCAAAAAUGGCCAGAAACACCCCAAAACCGCAGCUGUCGGAGGAGGAGCUGUGGCGCAUCGAGGACGCGUGCGACAUGGCGCUGGCGCUGAGCGGGGCCAAGCUGCGCAUCUACGAGUACGUGGAGUCGCGGAUGUCGUUCAUCGCCCCCAACCUGUCGCUGAUCCUCGGC